AUGUUCAAAACGUUCACUGCCAGCACUCUCAUUGCGCUGGCAGCUGCAGACCUACCAUAUAACCCUUCGGCCUUGUGGGUGUCGACGACCUCUGGAAAACAUGCAGUUGCCUAUUUCCUAUCACCUGCGUCCAACGAGGUCAAGUUCCAGUUUACAAACCUCACCAAAUCAUUCGAUGCCGCCUCUCCGUCCUUCUCGAGCAUCUCAUCGCCUCCUCUCUCCUCGAACAACGUCAAAGCUAUCGUUCCUAUAGCCGAUCCAGAUGGAGUCCCUACCAUAUAUGCCGGAGACUGUCAAUCUAGCAACGCCGAAGUAUGGCGAUUUGAAGGGAAGACAAACGAUGGCCCAGUUGCGGAUAGGACAUGGUCCAAAUCCACCAUUCAGCCGAAGAAAAACAGCGGAAACAUGUCGUGGAAGGGCCCCAACUAUCUGGCUGCGGGGGUUGGAUUCUCGAGCCCGGAUAGCGAUUCAGCUCCUGACAUCUACUUCUUUGCUGGGAUGUGUCCAACCGCCGAUGCAGGCCCGGAAUCCUGGGUAUCGGACGCUGAGUACUCCAGAAAUAUGACCUAUCUCCAAACCAGCAUGUCUCCGCCUAGUCCAGACUACAAUAUCGAUGUGUUAUCAAUCAGAUCCCCGCCUGUUGCCGAAGCAGGGUUCAGCAUGACACCCCUUGUACCGGCAUAUUCGAAUUCGUCCACAGGCGCCAUGUUGCGUCACCAAAGCUUCGUACUUGCUGGCGGCCACACCCAAACUGCUUUUGUCAACAUGUCGCAGAUAGCAUUGUUUUCACUUCCCGAGGAAAGCUGGAGCUAUGUCACGGUAAACCAGGCACUUAGCGAGUCGUCACAAGCACGCCUGCCGGAUGGUAUCUCUGGAAUUGAGCCUCGAUCUGGCCAUACUGCAGUCCUGACGCCCGAUGGCAGCAAAAUAAUUAUAUUCGGAGGGUGGGUUGGGGAUACUUCGGUGCCUGCACAACCUCAGCUCGCUGUUCUUGAGAUUGGUGAGGAUUAUGGAGGCUCCGGUGACUGGACCUGGGAAAUUCCAAAAUCUUCGCCAGACGGACUGCCAGCGAAUACCGGAAUAUUCGGUCAUGGGGCUGCCAUGCUUCCUGGAGGUUUAAUGCUCGUGAUGGGCGGAUACAAAAUACCCCAAAGGUCGUCCAAGAGGGCCAGCAAUGAAUUCAUGAUCAAUGACCGGGCUUUCCUUUUCAACACCAGUUCCGGAACCUGGGCCACAUCAUAUGCUGCCCCGUCGAACAUUUCUGAUUCAAACGACUAUCAUCGAGGUCCACUAUCUACAACACUGCAGAAGGUAGGCCUAGGGGUCGGCCUUGGAAUCGGGGUACCUGUUGCCGCCUUGGCCAUGUUAGCCUGCUUCAUUCUCCGCAAUCGACGUUCUCGCGAGCAUCGUAAAAACCGUGAGCAAACGCUCCGUAGUCUUGCACUGGGCGCCGAAAGGCCACAUUUCGAGGUACCAGAUCUCGACCUCGAUGCAAACCAACCAAUGAUGCAAGUAGAUCCUGCCCAGCGCUAUGGGUUUGGUGGAUAUCAGGAUCCUCACAGUCCCCCGUCCGGACCCCUGGCUGCUGAACGAACAGGCCUGCUGUUGGACAAUCCAAGCCCGACUAGAGGCUUACGAGCGAGUGUACGUUCCCGAGGAUACCAACCAACCCUUUUUCAGGACGAUCCAAGACGAAACAUUAAAUUCUCCCAAAUUCAGCCUAUCGACGAGGGCGAGGAGUACGACGUCAGACAGUCGCUACCAGACGGAGAUGUUGCUGGGUGUAGAGAUAGCAAGAUUUCUAAUUCCUCAGAUCCUUUCAAAGACCCUCCUUCUCCGUCAAAAGUCUGUUUCCCUUCACUUGUGCCACAAGAUCGGUCUGGAUCGCAUGUCAGCGAUGAGAAUGUACACAAUUGGGUACACACAUUGAGUGGAGAGAAGCUCGAGAAGCCUCCCAGCAUCACGUCAGACAAACAAGAUCGUACUCUCUCGAACCUAUCGGGCACGUCAGGGACUUCUUCUUCCUCUAAUCGCACAAAUCCAAGAUUGCUCGACCGUUCUAUUUCCCAGAGAUCAAACUUCGGCAACCCCUCGAACUUCAGCCCUGAGAGAGGAUAUACUGCUGAUUCCGAUAGAGCGGCUCACAGCCGAAUUGUUUUAUCGGGAAGGCCUUCCUCCCAGCUUUCUUUCGCACAUUUGCAGGCCGAAGGCUCAUCGCUACUUGGAACAAACCCUUCUUGGAUGCCACAACAGGACCCGAAUGCACCUGCAGAGCAACGGCCGGGAUCAGUUACUUUAGAAUUGGCAGGGACCAUUCGGCGAGUUUUGGGCUCGUUGAGGCGAUCAGAAAAUUCCGAUGCUAAUAAAGCAGCCAAUCAGACAGAAUCUCGCGCGACAAAUCAACGAAGUUCAAGUACAAGCCCGACCAAAAGUUUCUACAGUCUACCUGAAGACGAGGAAAACCAGGUCAAUCUAGAAGGCGCACAAGGAGUUACACAACGUCCGCGUCGGGCAGUUAGUACAAGCUCGUCCGCCCUUAGGUGCAAACAAGGAGCCAAAGAUUGGAACGCACAGCGUAAAUCAGGCGAUAGUACAUUCUUACGGCAGGGCAGAGCUCGAUAUGAGUCGCCAUCCCAUGAGGCCGGAAGUGUGGUUGGUGGUGCAAGUUUCAGAAGCAGUGAGGAUGAUUAUGAUUACGAUGACGAAGAUUGGGAUGUCGAGGCUGCUGCUGAGGGCAGAGUGGUGCAGGUUACAUUUACUGUGCCCAAGGAGAGAUUGAGAGUCGUCAACGCCGGUGCUGGAGAUACCAUUGAUGACGAUGAUGAACGUGAUGACAACGAUAAAAAGCUGAAACGGAAGGAUGUCGACACCAAUGAUGAUUAUGAUACCAAAGAUAACGCGAAGGCUCAAUCCCAAAUUCCGAAUCUAUGA